CGAAAAAAAAAAUCUUCAGACUGAUUUGUUAGGCUCCAGCAGACUAGAGGGUGUUACCGGCCCAUAGUAUAUCAAGUUUGAAAAGCAAACACAUGAUCAGAAAUUAGGAGCCUUCAAGUUUUCUUAUUGCACGUGCGAUAUAGGCCUAUUUUUUAAGAUUCCUCUUUAAAACUCAACUCUGAGAUUCCGGUUGCUUUUUGCUCCGCGGCGGGUUCAUCUCAAGCGCUGUGGAUGCGUCUAGAUUCAAUCCGUUUACAAUCUUUUGUGCUCUUAAACAGCGGUCAGGAUCGGUUAAAUGCUGUGUGGGACCUCCAGUUGUUCUCUGGUGCCGGAUAAGAGCGUGUUUUUUUAAAUGAGGAUAUCUUAGUCUUAGUCAAACGUGCACGGAGCAGUACGGGCUCUGAAGAAUGAAGCGAUAAUAUCAAUCAUCUGUGAUACCCUUCAGGACUUUGAAUAACAGCGCCGAUCUACGAUGUAUUCGCCGAUUUGUCUCACACAGGAUGAGUUUCAUCCCUUCAUCGAGGCACUGCUUCCUCAUGUCCGUGCCAUAGCCUACACCUGGUUCAACCUACAGGCGCGAAAGCGCAAGUACUUCAAGAAGCACGAAAAGCGAAUGUCCAAGGAUGAGGAACGGGCCGUGAAAGAUGAGUUGCUCAGCGAGAAGCCUGAAAUCAAACAGAAGUGGGCAUCCCGUCUCCUGGCCAAGCUACGCAAAGACAUCCGGCAGGAGUACCGGGAGGACUUUGUGCUUAGUGUAACAGGCAAGAAGCACCCAUGCUGCGUUCUCUCCAACCCUGAUCAGAAGGGCAAGAUCCGCCGAAUCGACUGCCUGAGGCAGGCUGAUAAAGUGUGGCGGCUGGACCUAGUGAUGGUCAUCCUGUUUAAAGGUAUUCCGCUGGAGAGCACAGAUGGGGAGCGACUAGUCAAGUCUCCGCAUUGCACCAACCCGGCACUUUGCGUCCAGCCCCACCACAUCACUGUCUCGGUGAAAGAGCUGGAUUUGUUUCUGGCAUACUACGUCCAGGACCAAGACUUGCAACAGUCAGGAAGUCCUAGCAACAAUGAGCCUGGCAAGAACCCUCCAGUUUACUUGGAAGACAGCUUUGUUAAAUCAGGGGUCUUUAGUGUUUCGGAGCUGGUUAGAGUAUCCAGAACUCCUAUCACACAGGGUGCAGGAGUGAACUUCCCUAUGGCUGACAUGCCAAGUCAGCCAUAUUAUCAAGACCUGAACUCAGGAGUGAGUUUACACCGGUCCCUCUCAUCCCCCCAUGGCAGCAAGCGGCCUAAGACGAUCCAAGAGGACAGUAUGGAGACUAGUCCCACUGGGCCAGACUUCUACCCGUCCCCUAGUUCACCGGCCAGCAGACCCUGGCAUGAGAGAGACCAAGCAGACAUGUCCUCUCCCACCAUGAAGAAACCAGAGAAGCCGUUAUUCAGCCCCACAUCCCCACAAGACUCUUCACCUCGGCUCAGCACCUUCCCCCAACACCACCACCCAGGACUGACCACUGUUGGCCAUAGCGUCAUUUCCACCAGGAGUCCACCUCCGCUGCAGUUCUCGGCCCCUGCCAUCCUUCCCCCGGCCCCCUCGCCCUACAUCUCUCAUGGCGCCAUCCGCUACCCGCCGCACCUCAACCCACCCGACUCCCUCAAGAACUACAUGCAGCCUUACGACCCGUCCAGCCCACAGAGCAGCCAGCCGAACAGCAGUGGCCAGGUACUGGGGAAAGUGCCCGGUCACUUUACGCCGGUUCUGGCCCCCUCGCCCCACCAUGGUGCUGUCAGACCAGUGUCUCUCUCAAUGGCUGACACCAAGCCAAUUACCACAUCCUCAGAAGGUUAUUCUGCUCCAGGCACUCCCACUGCCAACCGUUUUGUGGGACUGAGCUCCAGAGACCCAGCCUUUCUUCACCAGCAACAGCUGAGGAUUUGUGACUGGCCCGUGAAUCAAAACAUCAGGUCAUAUGGCUCAGAGGAGGCUUUGGGGAUUUCUUGGCAAAGUCCUGGUACCUGGGCGAGCUUAAUUCCAUUCCAAGUGUCGAACGGGACUCCGAUUCUGCCAACAAAUGUCCAGAAUUACAGCAUAAACAUCAUUGGUGAGCCCCUCCUCCAGGCAGAAUCAAGCAAUUAAAGGGGGCCUGAAACUGGACCCAGGAGAUACAGGUCCUCGGACAAACCAGCAAGCAGCACUUAUACAAUCGACAUGAACCUUUGUCCCAGGCUCUCAAGAACAUUGGCAUAGUGCAGUAGAGUGAGUUGGGUCAAAGUGUUCUCUUCUGAUAUGAGCCACUCCACGCCAGUCAGUCAUUGUGUAAGAAAGUCCCUGAACUGAGAUACUGUGAUCUUUACCAUACAAACUUUAGAUGCCUUACUGUAUAUGCAUGACAUUCUCUUGUUAGUGUUUCUCUUGUUCUCAUGUCACGAUUACUAGUUUUACAAAAUGAUUUAGAAGGGGGCAAUCACACAAGGGCUGGCUGAUUGGAUGGUUUGUAAAGCAGGCUGCAAUUGAAAUGAACUAUCUUCAAACAAAGGCUCAUCGUAUUCGUUACAUAACCAUAGGAACAAUUUUCAAUGAACACUGUUUCUAUUUUCAUAUUACCCUCAGAAUUUAAUUUGCCCAUGGUGCAAAAUCUUUUUAAUAUGUAAUCAUGUAAAUCCUGUACUAAUGUUCUUUUAAGGUAAAGGUUGGAUUUUCCUAUCCAGAGUUAAGAACUCUAAAAACUUUGUUUUCCUUCAAGGAAAGAAAAUGCCUGAAUAACUAGGUAAGAAAUACUACCCUUUUUUUAAUUUACUUCGAAAACAAUUUUGAGAAAAAUAAGUCAAUAUCUCACAAGAGGCAAGUGCAAUUUAAAUGAUUUUACUGAAGGGAAGCUAUCACAGUCUGUCUGCCCUAAGACUCUAAAGGAACGGGGAGUAAAUGUUAACUUAACAAAAAAUUUUAAUAAAAAAUAAUUUAA